AUGCGGCCUCGCUCUCUCCUGCUCCAGGCCACUAUCCGCUUCAGAACAACUCGCCCACUGCAAUGGAGAUUGCAAAGGUGCUUGAUGACUCUUGCGGUCGAAACAUCGUGCGAUGACACUUCCGUAGCCAUAGUCGAGAAAGGUCGUCAGCACGGCCGCACGACGGCACAACUUCAUUUCCACAAGAAAGUGACAUCGAACAACACCCAAUAUCAAGGUGUGCACCCGCUGGUGUCGCUUCAGUCUCACCAGGAGAGUCUUGCAACGCUCAUUCAGGAGGCAAUUCGCCAUCUGCCCCUGCGCAAUGGCCAGCUUCUUCCAAAAGCAGAAACCAUGCAGCCAGGCGAAGUAGACCUUGCAACAAGGAGGCUGCCUGACUUCAUCUCAGUCACGCGUGGACCAGGCAUGCGUAGCAAUCUUUUCACUGGUCUUGACACAGCAAAAGGGCUUGCUGUAGCAUGGCAGAAACCUCUUGUCGGUGUUCACCAUAUGCAAGCACAUGCCCUCACCCCGCGAAUGGUGAGCGCUCUUGAGUCUGAUACGAAUCCUCUGCCAGAAGGCAAGUCUUUGUCAGCAUCAACUGAUGCCGACGUCACCCCCGAGUUCCCGUUCUUGUCAGUGCUGGCCUCGGGUGGCCAUACGUUACUUAUUCACUCCGCUUCUUUGACAGAUCACCGUGUGCUGGGAACCACCCAUGACAUUGCCAUUGGAGAAUGUUUAGAUAAAAUCGCUCGUGUUGUCCUGCCUGCGGAAUCGCUGCAAACAACGAAGAGCACAAUGUAUGGAGCGCUACUCGAGGCAUUUGCAUUUCCCAACAAAGAGGCCACAGGGCCCGUCGACACCCAACCGUCUGCCCCGAUAUCUAAGCAGUCCAUAAACUCUGCUGAAUCUUAUCUGAACGGUUAUGGACGCCAAUAUGACUGGUACAAAGUUCCAGCGAAUCAGGAAGAUGCAAUCCGGCGAAACGCUACCAAAUGGGGUUGGGCCCUCAACAAGCCACUUACUAAAGCAGGCGGGGGGAUCAAGAUCAAUAGCCUGGAAAUGAGCUUUUCUGGAAUCACUACCAUGGUUGAGCGCAUUGUGCGAUUCGGCAUGGACCCUGCUACCAGGAAGUUUAACAAGGUGGAGCGAGCAUCCGCCGACAUCGAGACCGAAGAGCGAAGGGAUCUAGCUCGAGAAACCAUGCGUGUGACUUUCGAGCAUGUAGCUUCUCGAGUGGUUCUAGGCCUGCAGUCCCAGCAUGAAGCUAUGACAGUCAAGCCUGCAGUUGUCCUGGCAGGUGGCGUCGCUGCAAAUUCUCUUUUUCGACACAUACUUGCGAGCACCCUUUGUGCUCACGGAUUUUCAGACGCCCAGUUAUACUUUCCUCCUCCCAAGUACUGUACCGACAACGCUGCCAUGAUUGGGUGGGCAGGACUAGAAAUGUUUGAGGCGGGCCAUGUCGAUCCAUUCAGUAUUCGCGCCGUACGUAAAUGGCCUCUAGAUAAACUCCUGGAUCCCCCAGAAGACGGAUGA